AUGAGCCAGACCACCAUCAUACUGGGCACAGACGGGAGCGCAAGUGUGCAGCCCGCUACGGUAAGUCCCGACGAGGGUGGAGAUGAGAACAAAGCCAGAGGAAACUGGUCAAACAAAUUGGACUUCAUCCUGUCUAUGGUCGGAUACGCAGUGGGGCUCGGGAAUGUGUGGCGCUUUCCUUACCUGGCGUUCCAGAAUGGAGGAGGGGCCUUCCUGAUCCCGUAUUUGACCAUGUUGGGAAUCGCAGGCAUCCCAAUCUUCCUCCUGGAGGUGUCUUUGGGGCAGUUUGCGAGUCAGGGGCCGGUCUCUGUGUGGAAGUGCAUCCCUGCACUGCAAGGUUGCGGGAUUGCCAUGUUGAUAAUAUCUGUCUUGAUAGCCAUAUACUAUAACAUUAUAAUGUGCUGGACACUGUACUACCUGUUCGCUUCGUUGAAGGGAGCUCUGCCGUGGGCGCACUGCCGGAACGCCUGGAACACAUUCGAAUGUAAGGACAAAGACAUGCUGGCACUCGACGCAUGUAUCCUGCGCGACAGAAACCUCUCUUCGGUCAGAAAUUCAUCUUUCUGUUUGUCAGCAAAUGCAGCAGGAAAUCUGACCAAACUCCUGAACAUGAGUAUGGACAUGAACAAGACCUACGUCAGUCCAAGCGAGGAGUACUUCAAGUAUAACGUGCUUCACAUCUCCAAAGGCAUAGAGCACCCCGGGGACCUGCGCUGGCCGCUGGCUGGGUGCCUGUUUCUGGCCUGGCUCAUCGUCUACGCCUCUCUGGCCAAAGGAAUCAAGUCCUCAGGAAAGGUCGUGUACUUCACAGCCACAUUCCCGUACGUGGUCCUGAUCAUUCUCCUGAUCCGAGGAGUCACUUUACCCGGAGCAGCCGACGGGAUCCUGUACUUUAUCACACCAAAGUGGGAAAAACUGAACGAUGCCAAGGUUUGGAAAGACGCAGCGACACAGAUCUUCUUCUCUCUGUCUGCCGCCUGGGGAGGCCUCAUCACCCUGUCCUCCUACAACAAGUUCCACAACAACUGCUACAGGGACACUAUAAUUGUGACGUGUACAAACAGUGCCACCAGUAUCUUCGCCGGUUUCGUCAUCUUCAGCGUGAUCGGGUUUAUGGCACAUGAGCUCAAAGUGCCCAUCGAACAGGUCGCAGACGAAGGACCUGGCAUCGCAUUUGUGGUGUACCCGGAGGCUCUGACCCGACUCCCGCUCUCGCCAUUUUGGGCCAUCAUCUUCUUCCUCAUGCUCCUCACCCUCGGACUGGACACAAUGUUUGCAACGAUUGAGACGAUCGUGACAUCGGUUUCAGAUGAGUUUCCCAAAUAUCUGAGGAAACACAAACCUUUGUUCACUCUGGUCUGCUGUGCGUCCUUCUUCAUCCUGGGCUUCCCCAUGAUCACAGAGAGUGGGAUGUACAUGCUGCAGUUGGUGGACACGUUUGCUGCCUCAUAUUCUCUCGUCAUCAUCGCCAUCUUUGAGCUGGUCGGAAUCUCAUAUCUCUACGGUCUGCAGAGGUUCUGUGAGGACAUCGAGAUGAUGGUUGGAUUUCAGCCAAACCGUUUCUGGAGGUUGUGCUGGGCCUUCGUCACCCCCACCAUCCUCACGGGCAUCUUGUUCCUGAGCCUGUACCAGUGGAAAGUGAUGACCUAUGAGGACUACACCUACCCCACCUGGUCCAUGGUCCUGGGGUGGCUCAUGGUCAUCUGCUCCGUCAUCUGGAUCCCCAUCAUGUUUGUCAUCAAGAUGCACCUGGCGCCCGGCUCCUUCAUCGAGCGUCUGAAGUUGGUGUGUGCUCCUCAGCCUGACUGGGGCCCAUUCCUCAUGAAACACCGCGGAGAACGUUACAAGAACAUGAUCGACCCUCUCGGAACAAACUCGCUCGGCCUCAAACUCCCACCCAAAGACUUCCAGCUGGGAUCCUACCAGUAGCACCACA